UUUCUUCCUUGUCCGAGCGUUUCUGAGUUUGACUUUUGAUCAUUUAUAAUUUGGAUUUUUCAUUUUCAAAUACAGACAUCCCAUAAAUUAUUUACUUCUGAAUCUGGCCAUAUCUGAUAUCCUAUUCGCAUUGUUCAUCGCACCAAAGAUUAUCGUCAGCUUCAACAUGAGUCACCCGGACGGAUUGGCAGGUGUGGUACUUUGCAAGCUUUUGACAGGUGGAAAUAUAGCCUGGGUUGCAGGAGUUUCGUCAGUUGUCACUUUGGUUGCAAUUGCCUUUGAAAGAUACUACGCAGUAUUAUAUCCCAUUGCCAGAGAAAAGAAUCUUUCACGGCGCAAACUGAAGAUAAUAGUUCUUGGCGCUUGGGUGUUCUCUGCAUUUUUCAACAUACCAUUGUUCUUGGCUAGGACUUUCGACAAAGAGAAAACCAGCAAAAACUGUGUUCUGAGUUGGCCUGAUCAUGAGAAGUGGAUGUCCACGGCUUAUUGUUUGGCGUGGUUGGUUUUGGUUGUCGUUUCUGUGGGAAUAAUGGUUGUCCUUUAUUCUAUUAUCAUGUGCACAUUGUGGUUCAAAUGCGAUGGAAAUAAAGGAAUCAACUAUCAGCAAAAAGGCGUCAUAAAGGUUCGGAAACGUGUUACCUUGAUGGCUAUGGCAGUCAGUUUCAUCUUUGCAGUUUCCUGGGGAGCAGAAUCAGUUGAAUACGUCUUGAGGACUGUUACAACUCUCAACAUUACCUUUGAACAUAUUGCAGCUGUUGAUAUGAUGGUGUUGUUCAAUUCAGCAGUCAACCCAUUCGUGUAUGCCCUCUUGAACCAUCAGUUCAGACAGAACAUCAAGAGAUUGAUUUGGUGUAGUCAUACACUAGCACCCAGGACUGGAGGAAAGGAAAUUACAAACCGAAGUUCUGAUCAUGAACACACUACUGAAAUAUGAUUCUUGAAACGAAACAUUGCUUAUUUUAUCGCACAUGAGCCCCACUAUCAAUAUGUUACAUAUUUUUUAGAUAAAGUAAAAUCACUUCACAUUAAAAGAACUUAAAUAUUAGAGAGGAAGAUAGGUGGAAAGAGAAAUUUAACAACACCACAAAGGAAAGUAAUACUGUAACGGAUCUAGGGAGGCCCCUCCUCUUUAUUUUGGGUGAAAAAAAGAAGGAAAAGAGCCGCAGAAGGAAGAAGAGCCGACAGGGGAAGUCACAAAAAACCGGGCCCUCCCCCUUAGCACAAGGUCUGGAUCACUGACUGCCACUGCAAUACAUAAUACAAGAACCAGGUUAAAUAAAGGAAGAUGUAAAAGAUUUAAGAAUAAAAAAUUCCGAAUAAUUUUCAAUUUU